CUUUAAGCAAAGAAUGGACGCACGAGGAUAUCUAGGCUUCACCUCAAUUCAAAAGGUCACAUCCGCCUUACGCGUAUUAUCAUACGGAAACACGUACGACAUCAACGACGAGUAUUUGAAGAUGGCGGAGAAAACAACCCGAGAUACCUUGGAACAUUUUUGCUAUGGAAUAUGCCAGUUAUAUGAAAAACGUUAUUUGAGAAACCCCACUUGGAACGACCUUCAAAAAAUAUAUGAGGUGCAUCUAGAAAAGCAUGGAAUACCCGGCAUGAUUGGUAGCUUGGAUUGUCGUCAAUGGCGUUGGUAUAAUUGUCCAACCGCAUGGCGAGGUCAACAUACACGGGGUGAUCAAAAAGGGCCAACUUUGGUAUUACAAGGUGUUGCGUCAUACGACCUUUGGGUUUGGUCGGCCUUCUUUGGUGUAGCCGGGUGUUUUAACGAUAUUAAUACGUUAGAGGCUUCACCAUUAAUCGAGGGCUACAUUUCUGGAACUAUACCAAAGGCCGGUUUCCAUGCAAACGGGAACGAUUACGAGCAUGGCUACUACUUGGGCGAUGGUAUCUACCCUGAGUAUUCGAUUAUUGUUAAAACGUUUUCUGAAACUUUCGAUGAAAAAAGAAAGUAUUUUAAAAAAUUACAAGAGUCUUCGAGAAAGGACAUCGAGAGGUGUUUUGGGGUUCUACAGCAACGAUGGCAUUUUAUCAGAAAUCCUUGUCGCAUGUGGCAUAAGGAUAAAAUACGAAUGGCCAUGUAUGCUUGCAUCAUUUUGCAUAAUAUGAUCAUUGAGGAUGAUGGAAAAGCGAUAUGCCAAAACUAUAUUCCCGAAGAUUUGGUCGAACUACCCCAAGCGACAACGGAAGAGAGACUCGCAAAUGCUCAACUACUGCGAUCUAGAGAAAUACAUAACACGUUGAAGGCGGAUUUGGUUGAGCAUGCUUGGGCGAUUCGCCCAAUUCGAUUAAACAAUGAUCACGACGAAGAUUCCGAGGAAGAAGUGGUUGAGGAAUUCGAAGACGGGAACUUUGAAGACGUAGGUUUAGAUGCUGGAGAAAACGAAGAGGAAGAAGGAGAGAACGAAGAUGACACCGAAGAAUAAAUUUAUUUUUUAGGUGUA